AUGCGGUCCCCUCGGCGUCUGUGGUACACGCUCCCCCUCGGCGUCUGUGGCACACGUUCCCCUCGGCGUCUGUGUCAUACGCUCCCCUCGGCGUCUGUGUCACACGCUCCCCUCGGCGUCUGUGUCAUACGCUCCCCUCGGCGUCUGUGUCACACGCUCCCCUCGGCGUCUGUGUCACACGCUCCCCUCGGCGUCUGUGUCAUACGCUCCCCUAGGCGUCUGUGUCACACGCUCCCCUCGGCGUCUGUGUCAUACGCUCCCCUCGGCGUCUGUGUCACAAGCUCCCCUCGGCGUCUGUGUCACACGCUCCCCUCGGCGUCUGUGUCAUACGUUCCCCUCGGCGUCUGUGUCAUACGCUCCCCUCGGCGUCUGUGUCAUACGCUCCCCUCGGCGUCUGUGGCACACGCUCCCCUCGGCGUCUGUGGCACACGCUCCCCUCGGCGUCUGUGUCACACGCUCCCCUCGGCGUCUGUGUCAUACGCUCCCCCUCGGCGUCUGUGUCAUACGCUCUCCCUCGGCGUCUGUGUCAUUCGCUCCCCUCGGCGUCUGUGUCAUACGCUCCCCUCGGCGUCUGUGUCAUACGCUCCCCACGGCGUCUGUGGCACACGCUCCCCUCGGCGUCUGUGGCACACGCUCCCCUCGGCGUCUGUGGCACACGCUCCCCUCGGCGUCUGUGGCACACGCUCCCCUCGGCGUCUGUGUCAUACGCUCCCCUCGGCGUCUGUGGCACACGCUCCCCUCGGCGUCUGUGUCAUACGCUCCCCACGGCGUCUGUGGCACACGCUCCCCUCGGCGUCUGUGGCACACGCUCCCCUCGGCGUCUGUGGCACACGCUCCCCUCGGCGUCUGUGGCACACGCUCCCCUCUGCGUCUGUGUCAUACGCUCCCCUCGGCGUCUGUGGCACACGCUCCCCUCGGCGUCUGUGUCAUACGCUCCCCUCGGCGUCUGUGUCAUACGCUCCCCACGGCGUCUGUGUCAUACGCUCCCCUCGGCGUCUGUGGCACACGCUCCCCUCGGCGUCUGUGGCAUACGCUCCCCUCGGCGUCUGUGUCAUACGCUCCCCUCGGCGUCUGUGUCACACGCUCCCCUCGGCGUCUGUGGCAUACGCUCCCCUCGGCGUCUGUGUCACACGCUCCCCUCGGCGUCUGUGGCAUACGCUCCCCUCGGCGUCUGUGGCAUACGCUCCCCUCGGCGUCUGUCAUACGCUCCCCUCGGCGUCUGUGUCACACGCUCCCCUCGGUGUCUGUGUCACACGCUCCCCUCGGUGUCUGUGUCACACGCUCCCCUCGGCGUCUGUGUCAUACGCUCCCCUCGGCGUCUGUGGCAUACGCUCCCCUCGGCGUCUGUGUCAUACGCUCCCCACGGCGUCUGUGGCAUACGCUCCCCUCGGCGUCUGUGGCAUACGCUCCCCUCGGCGUCUGUGCGUUAAAGAUGCGUCUCGGGCCCUCCACAUACAGGGUCCUUCUCCCUCCAAGACCACAACAGUCUUGUAG